AUGUUCUUGACGGUGCUUGGGAGGCAGUUCAUCCACAAUCCAAAGGGCCUCGACGUGCUUCGGGAGCAGGUGCCUGUCGCGGUGUACGACCGGUCCACCUCCGUCUUCCUGACCGCCCUGGCGAUUGACCUGCUCAACAUCAUCUUCGAGCGCCAAACCGUCAAAAUGGAUUGCGUCCUGCUGCCCACAUUCAUUAAAGGCAUGGCCUCCACCACCAACAUCCUCGUUCGCUUCUUCGUGCCCGUCAUUGCGCUGACGGACGCGGGAAGACCGGUGGUCGUUCAGCGGUACAUUUGCUGGAUGCACACCACCCCCUCCAUACUCAUGCUUUUAAAAAUGAUCUCCACAACCAUCACGCCUCGGGAGGCUGCCACUGCCAUCUUGUUCGAUGAAGUGAUGGUAAUCACGGGAGUGGCGGCCCUGCUGACAACUGGCUGGCAGAGAGUGCUCUGGUCGGUCAUAACACACGUGGCCAUGCUGCCGGUGGUGCCGUACAUGCAUAAGGCCUUUACGGAAGCCAUGGAGCAAGUCCGGACUCGGCCGUUGCAGCUUACCAUGCUGAUCAUAUAUGUGUUGAACUUGCUGCUAUGGUGUACGUUUGCAGUGACGUGGGACCUGGCGCUGCUAGGCUGGAUCAGCGUGCUGACCGAGGAGGUGCUGUACCUGGGGUGCGACUUCUCCGCCAAAGUGUUGUUUUCCUCCACGCUCAUGCUCAGCUCGUUCAAGGAGUACGAGGCUCGGAGGGAAAGCGCCAUGCGAGUGAUUGAGAACAGCAGCAAGGCUAAGCUCAUAACGGAGCUGCAGGCUCUAUUGGAGCAGAAGGAGAGGUUCAUGAGCUCCGUGAGCCACGAGCUGAGGACACCCCUCAACGGCAUUAUAGGUAACAGGGGGCCGCCGGGCAUCUCCGAAGGCAUGCUGUCCGGCUGCUGCGGUGUGCUUCCCGAGGGUGUACGGCGGCAGAUCUACAUUAUCCGUACAUCAGGUGCCCGGCUGUUGGCGCUCAUCAAUGACGUCAUGGACGCAGCGGCUCUUCGACAAAAUAAGCUGGUGCUCAAACAAGAGCAGGUUGUUCUUCGUCACGUGGUCGAUGACGUGUUGGACUUGACUCGGUCGCUGGUGGAUAGCGAGGUGGUGCUGGCGAAUUUGGUGCCUCCCCGCAUGCUGGUUAUGGGGGACUCGGGCAGGAUUGUGCAGAUUCUGAACAACCUGCUCGGCAAUGCCGCCAAGUUCACUCGUCGCGGUCAGAUCCGUGUCACUGCGCGUCAGGUGGAGGGCGGCAGGCGGGUGGCGGUGACCGUGUCGGACACGGGUAUUGGCAUUCCCAGAAACAAGCUCGCCACCAUCUUCCUGCCCUUCGAGCAGGCGCUGCAGGUGGAUAUGUCCAUCAGUCGCAAGUACGGCGGAUUCGGUUUAGGUCUCAAUAUCGUACAGGAGCUGGUCAAGGCACACGGUGGCACCAUCAACGUAUCCUCCAUUGAGGCCAAGGGCAGCGCCUUCACAUUCACAUUGCCGCUGGCGAGGCCCAUGGGUCGGGAAUCUCUGGAGGAUGCUAAGGCGGCGGCCCAGAGAGGCAGCAGCCUGGCGGGGGCCACGCAGGAUGGGUCGGUAUCCACCGGAGGUGCAGGAGCGGCUGCUGCGGUGGCGGCGAGGGGGGAAGGCGGCCCCAGGGGCAGCGGCGGCGGCGGCGGUGCCGGUACGGCCACUGGCACUGGCACUGGCACUGCCAGCGCGACGGCGUCGGGCGUGACGCCGCGGCUGGGCGACGGCGGCGGCGGCGGUGCCGGUGACGACAGCAGUACGGUGAUGACGGGCAGUGACGUCAGCCGUCUGCCUGGCGGCGGCGGCCGGGGCCUGGGUCCGGGAGCUGGGGGAGGCCUCGGAGGCUCCGUGGCGGAGUCGGAGCUGGAGCAGUACGGCGAGCUGAUGUACAACGCCGCGGAGCUCUCGGCUCUGGCAUCGUCCCGCCCGUACGCCCAGUCCGUACGGGAUUCGUUGCCCACCUCACUCGAGAGUGGAAACCCGCCUGCCGUGCAGCCGCUUCUGAUUGGUACGGCUGCGGGGGCGGCGAUGGCGGGCCACAUUGGGAUGGGGCCCGGUGGUGGCGGCGGAGGAGGGGGUUUAAUGGCGGUGGCUGCUACGGGCAAGGGAAAGGGGGGAUUCCGUGCCGGCAGGGCGGCGGCGGCGGCUGGUGUUGGCGACAACGGCGUUCGUACGGCAGGCGAGACGGCGCCGAACGCGCUGACAAACUUGCCGGGCGGCGACUCGAAGAUUGUGCACGGUCCCCGUCCUUUCCACUACACCAUGUACAAGCGCUUCCUGCUGCUGUCCGUGGAUGACGACCAUGUCAAUCAGUCCGUUGUGAAGUCGCUGCUGGGGAGCACGGGUUACGAGGUGGUUGCUGUUCCCAGUGGCCCGGAGGCCCUCCGCUACGUGGCCACUGCCCCCGCACUGCCCGACCUGGUGCUGCUGGACUGCAUGAUGCCGGAGAUGGACGGGUAUGAGGUGCUGCAGAGGCUUCGAGCCAUGACGCCCAACGUCCACGUGCCCAUCAUCAUGGUUUCGGCGCAAACGGAGGAGGAGCACGUGGUGUGUGGUCUGGACCUGGGCGCUGACGACUACGUGACGAAGCCCUUCAAGCGCAAUGAGCUGCUGGCGAGGAUCCGGGCGCAGCUGGCGUACGGCGAGUGGGAGCAUGAUGAGGAUGCAUUGGAGACGAUAUCAAAUCUGGUCAUAGCUGACCCACAUGGCGGUAUCGGUUUGGGCAUCGGUGGUAGCGGCAACGUCACGCACCGGGGGGGCAGUGAGGAGCUGGAGAGCGGCAACGGGGACGCUGCCAGCGUGACUGCCGCCGCUGCAGCGGCGGCGGCGGCGGCGGCGGCGGCCUCCACGGCGGGCGGCACCAUCGCGACGGCUGCCGCCGCUGCCGGCAGCGCCGCCGGUGGCGGCAGCGGCAGCCUGAGUGACCAGCGGCUGAUUGUGUGUAUUGACGACGAUGACGUCAACCAGGUGGUGCUCCAGGGAAUGCUCGCGAGUCAGCAUUACCGCUACGUAAGGGCGAGCACCGGCGCCCAGGGCUUGUCGUACGUGUGUGGAACGCACAACGGCGGCAUUCCGCCCGACCUGGUGCUGCUGGACUGCUCCCUUCCCGACAUGACGGGCUUCGACGUCUGCCGCUGCAUACGGCAAAUGUACAACAAGCAACAGGUUCCCGUCAUCAUGUUGUCAGCCCGCCACAACGAGAGUGCGGUGGUGGAGGGCCUCAAAUGCGGCGCUAACACGUAUGUCACGAAGCCAUUCAGGCGGAAUGAGCUCCUGGCGCGCAUCCGCCAGCACCUGCGCUCCAGGGAGCCUGUCCCUGGCCUAUCGCGAGGCGACUCGAGUGUGGAGGAGAGCGAUUCGCGGCUCGGACACGCCGCCAUAUCACCCCUGACGGAGCCCGCAUUACCCGCCGGCGUACAGCACCCGCGGGCUAGUGACGCGGCGGGGGGGGUUGGCGGAGCAGGGGGGGACGGCUCUGGUUCGAUGGUUGGCGGCGCGGCGGCGGGAGUGGAGUCCGUAGCUGCCACCGCCACUGCCACCGCCGGAGCCCGCGGCGGUGACGCCGUUGACGGCGGCAGCAGCGGCGUGCGCGUCUGGACAGAUGCGGCUGUGCUAAUAGUCGCGGUGGCCGAUUACACGGGAUUGUGUCGCAUGCUCAUGCCGGCGGAGAUGGCCGAGCUGUCGGCGCGCAUGGCAGCUGCGUUUGACCGUGCAGUUGCGACGUACGGCGCCGUAAGGAUUGAGGCCAGCAGUGGUGUCAUGUCGGCUGCCGUGCUGCCGUCGGCGCCGCGGCCUCUGCUACCUGCCGGCGCCGACGCCGAAGCCGUCAGCGCCGCAGCGGCGGCGGCGGCGGGCCUGCGCCUGGCAGCCCUCCACCGCGUCGGCAGAGCCCUUCUCGAAGCUGCUGCCAUGCUGCCAGUCCCCGGCACCUCGACCUGCCUCCAGCUGCAGGAGGCUUUGGCGCUGGGCACUAUCAUGGGAACAUGUACGGCGCCGGCGGCCGGAUCGACGAUGCUGUACUUUGGUCCCGUGCUCGCCGAGCUCCUCGACCUGGCGCGCCGUGCGCCACCCAUGACGAUGGUAUCGCCGGACGGCGAGGCUCAGGCUUUGAGAGCCAGCGGCGCAACGGCGGACAUUCGCGGACCGCUGUUCCUGGAGGCGGAGGAUGGCGGGGGUGGCAGCGGAGCCGACAACGGCGGCGGCGGCGGCCCCGGCGCCGGCGGAGCGGCUGCUGCCGUCGCUGCGCGGCGGAUGUGGCUCGUGGAAGCACACCCCUUCGCGCACCAGUACCUGCCGCCGCAGUUGCUGUACUCGAACAGCUUAAGAGGGCCGUCAAGCUUCUUUCAGCGGUCGUUGACCGCCGGCGGAAUGGCCGCAGCCGGCGGCGGCGGCGGCAGUCCGUUGUCGACAAUGCCAGCAGCGCUCAUGACGUCGAGCGAUACCGUUGCCGGUGCAGCUGCAGCCGGCGCUGCCGCCGCCUCUGCCAGCAACUCCACUGCCGGUUUCAAUGCCAGCAUGGGCUUGUACGGCUAUGGUGUAGGGAUGUCUCGCGCCGGCUCGCGCGCCUUCAGCCAGGCGGCAUAUGUGGGAGCCGAUUCUGAGGCAUUUGGCCGUACGGGCCAGGCCCAACAGUCGCCGGCUACCGCGACGCCAUCCUAUUUGCAUCUCGCACUGCAGCAGGUCGUCCGUCCGGCCUCUAGCACCGCAAACAUACACGCGGCCGUUAGCGGCAAUGUGGGCAUCGCGGGUUACCCAAGCGCAGCUGCCGCCGCAGGUAACACGGCCGCUGCUGGCGGCGGCGGCGGCAGCGCUGGUACGGCGGCAAGUACGACGCCCGGUGGCGGCGGGGGCGUCAUCAGCGGUGUUAGCGGUCACCUGCUACAGCAGCACGUUUCGGGCAGUCCCACGGGUCACAAUAACGCUCCGGCUGCAGCGGCCGGGGUUGCCGGGGGUCGCGGCGGCAGCGGACAUUUCGGCAGCUUGCAAGAGCCGUUGCCGCAACAAGGCAACAGUAUGGCCCAGGUCAACAGCCUCGGCGGGGGCCUCCCCUCCGCAACCGGCCUGCCUGCCGCGUCUUUACUGUACGGCAUCAACCAACGCGCAUCUUCGAAUGCCUCGGCCGGAGCUGUAGUCGCCGGCGGCAGCGGCCUACUAGACGCCGAGGUGACGGCAGCGGAGCCUCAGAUCCGCGCGCUGCGGAGCGAGCUUGCUGCGAUGCGGAUGCAGUUGGAGGCGCUGCAGUCGAAUGCUGGCCGCGAUGCGUCUUCUCAGCUUGCGGCCAUGCCUGCGGCGGCGGCAGCGCCAGUGGCGGCACCUUCUUCCGCUGCCAGCAUCGACGGCGCCGGCGUCGGCGGCGGCAGCAUCACGCAGCUUCCCGCUGGGCUGGCGGCCACCGGCGGCAGCGGUGGCGAGAAGGCUGCCUCAAAGAAAGGCUCUAAGCUGUCGCGGCUUUUCGGCAGGGCAACUGGUAGCAAGGGCACCUCCGCUGGGAAGUGA